AUGCUACUGGAGAACAAGCGGCUGGCGGUGGUGUUUGACCUGGACGAGACGCUGCUGCAGGCGCUGACGGAGAAGACCCUCAAGGAGCGCAUCAGCGCCGCCGGCGACAGGAUCGACCAGCUGUCGCGCCAGCGCGCGGACGCCGAAGCCUUUGGGGACGCGGCCGCCGCCGCCGACGCGGCCGCAGCGCUUGUGGUUGCCGGCGAGGAGCGGGCCGUGCUUGAGGCUGACCUGGCGCAGCUGCAGUACUUCAUCGCAAUGGACACCCUGCCGACGCUGGGGCCGGGGGAGGAGGUGGCCAGCACCCGCGAGCUCGGCUUCGGCUCCGGCCCCGAGUCCGGCUUGCGCCCAGUGCUGCGCGUGCGGGACGCCGCGACACAGCGGCUGGUCAAGGUCUUCACGCGCGUGCGGCCGGACGUGCAUGGCACCAGCAUCGUCAUCCGCAUCAGGGACGGCUGGGAGGAGAUGCGGGCCAGCCUGCUGCCGGACGCGCUGGCGGCGCGGCCAAACUCGCUCUCGCCCAAGCAGAGGUAUGACGUGUACAUCUGCACCACGGCUGAGCGGCAGUAUGCACUGGAGGCUUGGCGGCUGCUGGACCCCGGACACCUGAUCAUCCCCGCCGAGCAGCUGGCCAGGCGCCUGAUGUGCGUGCGUGCGGCCAAGAACAGUCCAGUCAAGUCCCUGCAGAAUGUCGUGCUGCAGUCCCAAGACCAGCCCCUCGUGCCCGUGGGAGGUGCGCUGCGCGACGCCUAG